AUGGGAGAGACCACCGAAGCCAAGAAGGACCGCUCCAGCGACCGCUUUUACCUCCGUUACUACGUGGGACAUCGGGGGAAAUUCGGUCACGAAUUCCUGGAAUUCGACUUCAGACCCGAUGGAAAGCUGCGGUACGCCAACAACAGCAACUACAAGAACGACACCCUGAUCCGCAAGGAGUGUGUCGUGUCGAAGACGGUCCUCGCCGAACUCAAGAGAAUCGUCCUGGAAUCGGAUAUUUUGUUGGUAAGAAGUUUGAUUUUUGUUGUUUUUUUUAGGGUUCUUUGGAUGAGAAAAAGGUUUGUUGAAGCAGAAAACAGAUGUUAUGAACCAAAAAAGUAUCGUUUUUGGAGGAAAAUUGCAUUUUUUCGACGAAUAGGUGGUUAUAGGUGUUUUUGGACGAAACAAGGUUAUUUUUUUAUUGAAAGCAGAUUUUUUUGGUUGAAAAGUCUAGAAUUUUCAAUUUUUGAUACAGUGGCGGACCUGAUCCAGUGUCAAAAAAUGUACCAUUUUGCAUCCGGGAAGUAUAAAAAAAUGUGGCAAAAUGCCUCCCUCUCCAAGUAAAAAACUCCGUUUUGAAGGCCCGCACGUGAAAGCUAGUGCGCUUUUGAAAUUGGAGUUUUUUUUUGACUUGGAGAGGGAGGUAUUUUGCUAUAUUUUUUAUACUGCCCGGAUGCAAAAUGGUACUUUUUUUGUCACUGGAUCAGGUCCGUCACUAUGUCAAAAAUUGAAAAUUCUUGAUUUUCAGCCAAAAAAAUCUCUGCUUUCAAUACAAAAAAUCUCUUUUUUCGGCCGAAAAACACCUAUAACCAUCUAAAGUAAUAUAAAAAUUGGUCGAAAAAUGCAGUUUUCAUCCAAAAACUAUACUUUUUUGGUUCAUAACAGCUGAUAAAUUUGUUUGCAAAAAUUUUGUUGAAGAUCGGAAAUGAUUCUGCGAUUUCCAGGAAGACGACAACAAAUGGCCCGAGCCCGACCGAGUGGGCCGCCAAGAGCUGGAGAUCCUGAUCGGCGACGAGCACGUUUCCUUCACCACCUCCAAGAUUGGGUCGCUGAUGGAUGUGCAGGACAGCGAGGACGCGGAUGGCCUCCGCUGCUUCUACUACUUGGUCCAGGACCUGAAGUGCUUGGUUUUCUCCCUGAUGGGCCUCCACUUCAAAAUCAAGCCCAUCUAA